AUGGUAUCUGUGCUCCAAAAUGUCAAGGCAACAAUGGCCUGGCGGAAACACCAGCUCCUAGCUGACUUCGAUGAGAAUGAGAGCCCUGUACCUGACAAAUUCAAGAGAAGGGCUUCUUUGAGUUCUUUCAAUACCAUCCGCAUGUCCCUAAGGAAGCGAGUACCAUUAAAGCAAGUAGAGCUGAAUUUUCAGAAGACCCCAACUUGGGAAAGUCUAGAAGCAAGACAGAAGUGUCAAACUCUUCAGACUAUUAAAAGAACAGCAAAAAAUGCUUUUGGAACAGUGUCCCAGAAAAUACAGAAGUCUUGCCAAAGCCCAGUACACUCGCUGGUGACCUUUCCAGCUGAAUCUAUGAGCAGAAGCUGUGCAACCAGUUCUACCAAGAAAAGAAGUACUACACCUCGAACCCCUUGCCAUAAGAAGAGUGUUACUCCAGCAGCCAGUUCCAAAGGCACCCCAAGAUCCAGCCAAAGAGCCUUGCUUAGGCCAACAAGGGUGUCAGAACAUAGAGAAUGGAAGAGUUUCUCAUCCUGGCUUGGUAAAGAUGCUGUCUCUCUCCGGAGAUCAAGAAGAGCAGCAGCACUGAAGAGCCCUUAUUCAUCACCUGCUCCUGCCAGCAGAAAGAUAGAGUUUGACUGCGAGUUGGAGCUGGUCUCCUCAGGGAUUUGCCAAUUGAAGCAUAUCUCCCAGGCAUUUGAUGAUGCCAUUGUGCAAGAGGAGAGGCAACACGCAAUAUCAAACUACUACUAUCUAAUGGCACAAAACUUAAAGUCUGCGCAUCGAUCUCAGAAACUUUCUCAAGCUAUCGGAAGGCGAGCAAAGAAACUCCAUCGAGCACUUGGUACCUAGACAGAGAUGACUGUAACUAUUGUUAGUUUAUGAGCAUAUAUAAAGGAGAGCUCUGUGUAGCACUUGAACGGGUGCACUCUAUACACUGAACAAGCCAUUUUAUAACCUUUCUUGACAAAGCAGCUCAGGACUUCCCUUGCUUUCUCUUUUCAAGCGAACAGGAGAAUCAAAAUUGUACCACAGUGUAUUAUCUCCUGCUGAGAUGAGGGACCAUCUUGAAUGUGACUUUCAUAAGGCAGUAAGUACUUUGAAACUUAUGUUGAACUGACCAGUAGGAAUGGCCAGAGCAAGGGCCGCAGACUUAUGAAGGGUGAUCAUAGGUAAUAGUAGUAUUUAGACUGGUAUCCAAUUGCCAUGAGUUUUAGUAUGAGUACUUUGCAUACUAAAAGUACUGGUCCAUUAUUUUGAAAGCCUAACAAUUUUUUUCUGUAUACGAACAACCCAAAAGUUAAGCAUCACGUUUAACUGGAAGUUAAUGAAACAGUAGUGGCUUGUUUGAGUUCUGACCACAACUGCCAUUCCAAGGCAACAGGUUUCUGUGGAGUCACUCAUGCCACAAGAGAGGAGCCUCAUUAGGACUCUAAUUCAUGGCCUUAAGGAUUGCUAUUAGAUUAGCCUAACUAAUCCUAUCUUAAGUAGCUGGGUUCCAGACAAAUCAGAGCAACUUUAUGUCAUUUCUUGCUGCUGCUUUAAAUAGUAUCUUGGCAGUUGAGUUAAACAUUGCUUUUGUACUACAACAUCUGUCUUUUAGUUAUACACAGAAAUUAGUUACUACAAUUAUUGUAACCUCUUACAACUACUGUUAUUAGCUAAUAUCACAGUGCAGGUAUUUUAUUUGAUGAAGUAUACUAAGCAUUUGAUACCUGUAUUUUGCUUCUAAUUACUUUUUUAAAAAAGUAAGGUUCAUUUGACAAGCCUUUUUUGGUAGGUGAUUCAGUUUAACAAAGUUUAGUCUUUCAAACUAAAGCAAAGAUUUCUCAAGCUUCUAGAAUUCAACACCAGGGCUGUUAUCCAUGGUAGCAGCUUUGUGCAGGCUUCUCAGAUUACAUUCACUCUAAGAUGAACCUUCAAACAAAAGAUUGAUUUGGGAAACUUUGCUCUACUUGAUAAUUUUUAAGAUGCACGUGUAAUUUAGUAAAACUGGGACUACUAAAAUUUUAAUGGUAUUAAGUAUAAAUAUGGGAAGUAGUCAUGUUCAAUUCUGAUUUAUGUGUAAGUAUUGAUUUUAAACUUGCUCCUGAUUUUUCUUUUUUCUUGUCAAACUAGAUUGUUUUAAAAUAUUGAAACAGUUAAUGAGGCCUGGAAACAUGAAAACAACCCUGACUUCCAGGCUUUCAGAUGACUGAGAGCUUUAGCUUGUGUUAUUUCUUGAUGUAGUUUUGUGUUGCGGUUCUGUUUGUUGGUUGUUUUUUUUAACCACGUUUCUAUAUGGAAUAGUAGCUUGAAGUUAUUCUUUGCAUGUAUUGGAACUAGUUCUAUAAAGCUUUCACAAAGAUGGUGUCUCAUUACUGAAGUAUUUUCUUAUAUGACUUUUCAAAAGGAAGGAGGGUUGGAGUUUUGUCAAAAGUCAUCUCCAAUCUAAGUAUUAUUUCAGAUAGUCAGAUCUAUUAAAUAGCCUCUAUUUAUACUGUUUCCACUGGCUACUAGGACCAUGUACAAUGAUGAUCUAAUACUUCCCACAUCACUGGUAAGAAAAAUCAGUGACGCUGUUUGCUUAAAGGCAAGGAAGGUUUUAUUUAAGUGACUAAUCUGUUAUAAGAUUUUAAAAACCAGCUCACAUCAAAAUCUAUACCAGUUGUAGAAAUCUUACUCCUUAUUUCAUAUUAAGAAAUUCAUUAUUGUACAUUUUUGAAUCUUUACAAGGCAGCCAUAAGAAAUAUAAACAUUUGUCACCAGAUAGAACCUUCUCACUGACAAACAAUAUUUAAAAGUAUGCACUUAAUAAAACUAUAGACUGAAAGAACA